CAUCCUGCAAAUUGUUGAGCGCUGGUCAUUUUUCGACGUGAACACAAUCAACGAAGCAAUGCAGGCGGCAACUUGCGCGAUUUCAAUCGCGACCGCAGCGCCUUCGAGUCGCAAAUUUUCCUCACGCAAGAUGAUCCGAGGAUCAAUGUUUUUUCGAAAGGCUACCCCACUCACGCUCGGCACGAAUCCAUGUGCUGGGAAACCAUUCGCGCGAUCUCGCCAUGCGCGAUUAGUUACUUCAGCGAUGAUGUCUGUAUCUUCCUCUCCUCCAGCCUCCAUAGAGGGUUUUGGGGAUCACUGUUUUAAGGGCGCGGUCGCGAAAAAGUACCUCUCAAAAUACGGAGAAUCUGAAAAGCUCCUGGAGGAUCCAACUUGGCCUAGGCGGCCCGGCAAAGCUGACAUCGUCGCGAAGGCUGUCCUCGAUUGGGCUGUCGACAACGGUGCUUCCGUGUUUUGCCACUGGUUUCAACCCAUGGCUUCAUCUGGUGUCCGCCAUGGUCUAUCUGCCCAGGUUCACCAGACUAUGUUUGAGUUUGACAAGGACGGGAAGCCAUUUUUCAAAUUCGAAGGAGAACAGCUCCUCCAAGGCGAGACUGACGGAUCUUCAUAUCCGAAUGGUGGCAUGCGCGCAACUCACACCGCCGGUGGCUAUCUCUCAAUCGACCCACUUUCACCCAUCUUUCUUCGCGAAGAUACCAUAUUCAUCCCAGCAGCUUUUGUAUCAUACAAUGGCGAUGCCCUUGAUGAAAAGACUCCUCUUCACAGAGCAACUCAAAAAAUGUCUAAGGAAGGCACUCGUCUUCUGAAGUUGAUGGGGUAUGACGUCGAUGGACUCAUCAAUAAUAUAGGCCUCGAACAGGAAAUCUUUUUGGUGCCUCGGCAUGCGUUUUACCGUCGUCCUGACCUGCAGUUUACUGGUCGCACCAUCACGGGCAAACAACCAGCUCGUGGGCAAGAGAUGAGUGAUCACUACAUGGCCCCAAUUUCUCGUGCUACUACUGCAUUCGACUGCAUGCGUCAGAUCCAGUCAGAGUGCUUCAAGAUCGGCAUUCCUCUCAAAACUCGCCACCGCGAGGUCGCACCAAACCAAUAUGAAUUCGCCCCACUAUUCGGGAACGUGAUCAGUCAGACAGAUCAGAACUUGAUGGUUAUGCAGAUUAUUGAAGAAGUUGCUUCUGAGAAUGGCCUAGCUGCCCUGCUACAAGAAAAACCAUUUUCUGGGAUAAAUGGUUCAGGUAAGCAUAACAAUUGGUCAAUUGGCACUGUUGACGGCGUGAACCUCUUGAACCCUAAGCAGAUAAACACCGCGUCGAAGAACGAUGCGGUUUUUCCUGUUAUAAUGGCUGCGCUUGUCUCUGCCAUCGAUAAGCAUGGUGACCUCAUGCGCCUUUCUAUUGCCUCACCAGGAAAUGAUUUUCGCCUUGGCGCGAUGGAGGCUCCCCCAGCUGUAAUGUCUACGUACCUUGGUGAUGACACGGCAGCUGCCUACACUCCUUCAAAAAAGAAACUAGCAUUCGGCGCCGAAGUUAUCAGUGAUAUCGAGGUACCUUCUGAAGACCGUAAUCGCACCUCGCCGUUCCCUUAUGGCGGUUCCCGCUUCGAGUUCCGUGCCGCUGGCUCAUCUCAGAACGUAUCCUUGGUAAACACGGUUCUCAACACCAUUGCUGCUGAGGCUUUCAGCAUCGUUGCCGACCGCAUCGAGUCAGGUGAGGAGCCAUUAAAAAUUGCUCAGGAUCUCCUCAAGCAACACUCCAAGGUAAUUUUCAAUGGCGACGGCUACGACCCUGAAUGGCCUGAGAAGGCUGUUGAAAAGGGCAUUUGGCGCAUUGACUCUGGCGUCGAGGCCAUAAAAAAGCUUACGGAUGCCAAGAAUACCGAUCUAUUUCAAAAGAUGGGCGUGCUUACCCCUCGCGAGUGUGAAGCCCGUCGCACGGUGCUUCUUGAACACUACACGGCUACAGUUGAGAUGGAGGCCUUGACUUUGAUUGACAUAAUCAACCAGCACGUGAUUCCUUCUUGUAAAAAGGCCGAGCUUAACUUUGUGAAGCAGCUCGAAGACUCUGUCAAGUCCUUGAAGAGGUCUCUCCACGAGAUCCAUAUAUCAUCUGAAGCGUCAGAUGCCGCUGCACUUGCGCGCAUUCUCCGCCUUGACACUAUGAUCAAGGUCCGAGAGGUAUGCGAUGAGGCUGAGUCACUUUGCCCUCCUUCCUUGUGGAGUCUUGCGACUUACUCAGAGCUACUUUUCUUGGAUACAUACCCUGAGGGUGAUCUCCUUCUUUGAACUGAAUGUCUUCAAGAACUACUAUUUCAGAACUCAAUUCCGUCCUUGUAUAUUUUUGCUGAAAGUGUUAGGAUUGGGAACAAGCGCCAGGAUAUACCUUCGAAGGUACAUAUCUAUCUAGGAUGGGAGGGGUACCUCUGCCUUUGCCCCAAAAAACUGGGUCAAGCAUGGGACUCUAUACAACUCUUUGGUGUGAUUAAAAAUACUGGUGACCAGUGGACUCAGUUAGCUCGUUGUUCGAAAGAAAAAAAGGGGAGUGAGAAUGGAAUGUGUUAAACAACAACAACUUUAUCCACACUGCUUCUUUCUAUGAAGGUAAUGACCAGCACUUGGAGACAAGUGAAAUUCAUAGGAACGAAAUAAAUUAUACAUUCUCUAAACAAACAAAUUUUUGUUCU